GAAGGGUGCAACAGGUUGGGGGUAAGGGCGGAGCCAGGUGGUUGGAGGCGGUGCCCGGGCGCCGGACGAACGCAGGGGCCGGACCAAGGGGCGUGGCUUCCCUCAGGUGCUGCGAGCGCUAAGGUUUCACUGAAACUCCGCAGCUCUGGGGAGGAGCGCAGAGGCUACAAUUAGAGGCAGGUGAGAGGGCGGCUUUCUCUCCGAGCGGCGAGUGGCGGUCUGAGUUUCGAGUCAGUGGCGGCGAAUUCCCCGCUCGCUGGGCGACGGGACCGGUGGAAGGAUGCGAAGGCCGAACGCGGUGUGGCUGCUGGGGGGCACCAUCCUGCUGGCGGCCUCUGUCUCCUGCAAUCACACCAUCCCAGGAGUCAAUAGAUCCACUAAAGGAAGAAGUCUCAUUGGUAACAAGGUCAAUGGCCCAUCUCAUAUCUCUGGGACGGAAGUUACAGUGGAGCAGAGCUUUUCUGUGGACGAGUUUUCUGCCUCCCUCCUCACUGGGAAACUGACCACCGUCUUUCUUCCAGUCGUCUACCUGGUUGUGUUUGUGGUUGGUUUGCCGAGUAAUGGCAUGGCCCUGUGGGUCUUUCUUUUCCGCACAAAGAAGAGGCACCCCGCUGUGGUUUACAUGGCCUGUCUGGCCUUGGCAGACCUCCUCUCUAUCAUCUGGUUACCUUUGAAGAUUGCCUAUCACAUACAUGGCAACAACUGGAUUUAUGGGGAGUCUCUUUGCAAGGUACUCAUUGGUUUUUUCUAUGGCAACAUGUAUUGCUCCAUUCUGUUCAUGACCUGCCUCAGCGUGCAGAGGUACUGGGUCAUUGUGAACCCCAUGGUGCACACCAGGAAGAAUGCAAACAUUGCCAUCGGUAUCUCCCUGGGAAUAUGGCUGCUGAUUCUGCUGGCUACCAUCCCCUUGUAUGUCGUGAAGCAGACCACUUACAUUCCAGCCCUUAACAUCACCACCUGUCAUGAUGUUUUACCGAAGGAGGUGUUGGUGGGGGACAUGUUCAAUUAUUUCCUCUCUCUGGCCAUUGGAGUCUUUCUGUUCCCAGCCAUCCUCAUGGCUUCUGCAUAUGUGCUGAUGAUCAGAACACUUCAGUCUUCGGCCAUUGAUGAAAACUCAGGAAAGAAGAGGAAGAGAGCCAUCAAACUUAUUGUCACUGUCCUGGUCAUGUACCUGAUCUGCUUCACCCCUAGUAACCUUCUGCUCGUGGUGCAUUAUUUCAUGAUCAAACACUGGGGCCAGAGCCACGUCUACGCCCUGUACCUCGUAGCCCUCUGCCUCUCCACCCUCAACAGCUGCAUCGACCCCUUCGUCUAUUACUUUGUUUCAGAAGACUUUAGGAAUCAUGCAAAGAAUGCUCUUCUUUGUCGAAGCGUCCGUACAGUAAAGCGGAUGCAAGUAUCCCUCACGUCAAAGAAAUUCUCCAGGAAAUCCAGCUCUUAUUCUUCAAGUUCAACCACCAUUAAAACCUCCUACUGAGUAUUGCAGAUCCUCUGGUGGGUUUCACAGGAAGAAUUGGAGCUUGCUUGAUGUUAUGGAGAUGUUUCUGUUGUUUCCUAACCAAGUGGCUCUUUUCACAUACCAUGUUUAUGCAGCACCUCAGGAUUGCUGGAAGCUUCCCUGUUUGCAUGAGGAAAAUCUGCCAAAUUAAUUCCUUUACUCAGAUGCUCCUAGAAAUGGAAUUUAUAGAAGCAGACUUUUUAGAAGGUGGCAAAAACAAAAACAACCCCAAAAUCAGAAACCCUGUGACUUGCAAGAACUGGUCUUGGCUUGAAGCCUAACUUCUCAGCUGGAACUACCUUUCUUGUACGUUUGGGCUUAAUAACAGUCUUGUUAGGGCUUCAGGGCCCUCAGCGAUGACCAGUCCAAUUGACUGACUUGACAGAUAAGGACAGAAGAGAUGAAUGAGCUGCCCUGAGUCAGGCUUUCAACCAAUGGCGUCGAGUCAGGAUUGGAGAGCAGAAUUUAAAUGGUCAGUGGGGUUCUUGUGCCAACUCAUCGGAAUCAUGGGAGGUCUUGUUUGAAAAUGCAGUUUCGUCAGACUCGGGGGUGAGAGCUCAGAGUCUGGGAACAGGGCCCAGGAGCCUGCCUUCUAAAACGAGCCUCUGGGUGAGGCUCGCGUAUACCGGGUUUGUGAGCCACUGGUGUGGCUCUGCUUCCACUUUUAAAAAGAGAAGCAAACAGAAUGUUUUGUGUCUCUUUUAUGUUCAGCUUUUAAUGAAAUCGGUUUGUUGACUUACUGGGUCUUUCAAUUUCUUUAUUGAUCUUGAACUUUCAUAUGUAUCGUUAUCACUCUGAGGAAAAUACAGUGUGGAUUUUAAACAUGAAAAUACAAAUUUUAUGUAACUUUUUACUGACUUCAGUGAAGUCUUCAGAUAGCCUGAGUUUCGCAACUAGAAAUAGAAUUUACCACUUAGUAUUUUAAGAAAUUAUUUAUUGUCAGUUUUGUUCCUCUGUUUAUCAAAUAGGAACUUACUGGAUGUGAACCACAUCUUUUUGGAAAAAAAAACACUAAAAUACAUGUGAUUUGCAGUAAAAUAUCUAAGAGGUACUUGACUGCAAACUGACGAUACAACUUGUAUUUGUGACAUUUUGAAAUAAUUAUUUUAUUGCAUGAUUUAUAAACAAUAUGACUUUUUUUUACAAUGUCUUUCUGAAUUGUGAGUGUGUGUAUGUAUGUAUAUCUGUUUGAGGGAAGGAAUUUUUAAAAAGGAAGCAAUGUUAUUCUUCUAAGAAGAAAUGAUGUAAUGCUCACUCCUUAUUUUUACAUAAGUAGGGCCAUACUGUACAUACUGCUGUUAUACUUGUUUUUCAUGUACUUACAUUUCAGAAUUCUUUCCAUGUCUGCAUCUGGAGGUUGAUCUUCAUUUUUAAAAGAUACAGACUGUCUAAUAUUUUGAGUAUAUUGGGAUGUAUCUAGUCAUUUCCCUUCCUGUGGCUCCCACCCCCCAUUAAAACGGGGCUGCACUGAACGCCUGCGUGCACUCUCUGUGAGCGCUCCUGCAGGCCGAGUUCCGGGAAGUGGAAUGGCCAGGUGGAAAUUAGAUACCUACUUAAAAUUUUAAAUUUUGGUAACUCUUGCCUUGAGUAAUUUAUAUUUCUACCAAAAAGUGCAUUUGCAACUGUUUCCUGAAAAGCUCAUCUACAUUUGAUGUAUCCAUUUUUUUUUUAAACUUUACCAAUCUGUUGGGAAAAAAAAAAGAAACCCUCAUUCUUUUAAUUUGUUUUAAAGCAGUACAGCUUAGUUAGUGGCUGAGAGUGCAAGUUCUGAGCUGCUGGGCAAGGCUGCAUUCUGACUCCAUUGUUUCUUUGUCUUGUUAACUUAGAUGCCUCAGUUUCCUCAUUUGUAAAAUGACAAUAAUAAGAUCUUUCUCACUGAGUUAUUAGCAUUAAACGUUCGGCACAUCUGUGCA